AUGUCAAUGAAGGGGGUUGACAAGAAAUUCCUCCGAAAUUUAAAGUUUGCUAAGAAACACAACAAGAAACAUACCAAGGUACGAAACGAAGCAAAGGCAGCAGAGUAA